AUGUCUUGCAAACGCGGUCAAGAGCUCCCUGUGACUCAUCAAGCUCAAAUAAUUACACUACACAAUGAGGGCAAUUCAUAUCCUGAAAUACUUGCAAAAACUGGUGUUCCCCCAUCUGUGGCAUGCAAAACUGUUAAACGUAAUGGCCUUACUGCUGUGCAAGUCAAGUACAUUGCCCAGAGCCGGCGCUACCGCCAAUAUGUUGCGCGCCAAAAGCCAUUCUUAGAUAAGCAAAAGGUCCUAAAGCGUCUAGAAUGGGCUUGCGUGAACCGGUUUAGGAACUGGGAUGAAGCCAUUUGGACUGACAAGCUCCAGUUGGGGACUGGCAAUCACUCAGUUCACCCAAUGGUCACCUGGAAACCCAGAGAGGCAUAUCUCCCGGAAUGCCUAGCCCCAACCUUUCAAAGUGGCCAUGAAGCAUUAAUGGUAUGGGGGUGUAUCUCCCAUGGGUAUAAGGGGCCACUUAUCCAACUGGAGAUGGCUCCCCAGCUGCAAUUGCGUAAUGGGAGGUGGAGGGGGGGAGGGUUCAACUCAGAAGGAUAUGUUAUGCAGGUCCUAAAUGGUCCACUUAAGGACUUCAUUGCACAGAUGGAGAAAGUCAAGGGACACAGGAUGCUAGUAGUUGAAGAUGGGGCCCCGGCACACAAAGGAAAGCUAGCCAAACAGGCUUGUGAAGAACUUGGUAUUAAACACAUUGCACACCCCCCAAGUUCACCAGACCUAAACCCAAUAGAACCAUUAUGGAUGGAACUUAAGCGACGUGUGUACAGUACCCCUGGGGCCCAAAGAAGUCUUGAGCACCUUUGGAAUGCCACUGAAGCUGCCUGGAAAUCCUUCACAGCAGAUGAUAUCAAUAAGUACACACGGAAAAUGCCAUCUUGGGUAACAGCUUUAGUUAAGUCAAAGGGACUCCCAACAAAAUUCUAA